AGGACAAGUAACUUUGUCGGAUUCAUUUCCACAACCGCAGGGACUCUCCUCCCUCCAGCCCCAGUUAUUCCCCAACCCUGGUCUCUACCGUCGAUCGCCAGUGGCCUAGUUGCUACACCUUGUAACGAGGUGUGGGGGCCAAAAUGUCGAAUAUACCCACAAUGCUUCCUGACGACCCAAACGUCAUAUCACAGGCGGCGACCGCGCAGCAAUUAAACCGAUCGUGCGAAUCAUGUCGAGGACUAAAAGUCCGUUGUUUACCCGAUCCCUUGACUCCAACCCAGUGCCAACGAUGUGCGAAAGCCAACAGGCCCUGUAUCUUCGUGGCGCCUCAAAGACGGCGACCGCGCAAGCGGACUGAUUCUCGGGUAGCUCAGCUGGAAAAAGAAAUGCGACAGAUGCGCUCUCUACUGAAAGACAGGUUACGGGUGGAUGAAAGCAGUGCAGAAAGCGUAGGCAGCGAACGAGAGGACUCGGGAGAACCCGACUUGGGACCAGGUUUCAAUGAUCCGAUGCCCGCCAAUACAGAUCCGCCAAGCAGCGCAUCGGGAUCGGCCAGGCCCAUGGACCUGUCUCCCGGAUUCCCAUCAUCCUCUCCAUACCAGAAUACCACCUUUGACUAUUAUAUCGCUCCGGCUCCGGCUCCGGCUCCCAACCCUGUCUCGACAAGCUACUCGCUUGAAACAAUACCGGAAAGAGAUGUCGUGGAUCGCGGGCUGAUCUCGCUGGAGUAUGCCAACGAUCUAGUCGCCUUUUUCGUCACCGAACUCACGGCCUUUGCUCCAAUCGUCGUAUUGCCGCCGGAUACAACUGCCGCCCAACUGCGUUGUUCGAAGCCAGUACUCUUCCUCUCUGUUAUUGCCGCCGCCGCGGUCUCCCUGGAUGCCAACCUAGCCGCCGUACUCAACCGCGAGAUGAUCCGUGUCUAUGCAGAACGCUUCUUCAUCAACGGGGACAAGUCCUUGGAGUUGGUCCAAGCACUGUUGCUCAUGAUUGUCUUCUACUUCCCGCCCGAUUCGCCUCUGAAACUGCAAUUCUAUCAAUACACCCAUAUAGCUGCCACCAUGGCUUUGGAGAUCGGCUUGGCUUCCAAGCGCCGGGUAUCCCCAAACUCCAGCCGCAGGACGAACAAGAAAGCCGUGUAUGACGAGUCAAUGGCGGAACAAGCGAGGGCAAUCUUGUCUUGCUAUCAUCUGACCUCAAUUGUUGCCAUGAAAACUCGCCGGCCCAAUUUGCUUCUUUAUAACGAUUGGAUGAGCGAAUGUGUGAAACAUCUGGAACGCUCGCCAAAUGCAGUCGACAGACACAUGGCCACCUGGUUCGAAAUCCAAAGAAUAGUGGACGAGGCGAUGACUUCGUUUGGGCUCGAUGACACAAGCUCGACCGCCCCGCUCACAGAGUCACGACUGCAAGCCAUCCUGAGGUGGUUUGACAACCGGAUGCAGUCAUGGAAGAAGGACCUUUCCAGGGACAUGCACACAGUUCCUAUGAACUUCGAGUACCAUUACACCAACCUUGCUAUUUAUGAGCUUGCCAUCGGCGAAGGCUACCGAGAUCCUGAUGCAAUUAAGCAACAGUACUAUACGCUCCCAUCCCCGGAUAGCAGUGACACAGCCCCCAGUACGCCGGUGAGUGCGGUUCGCGUAGACUUCACGAUUAAGUGGAUGAACGCCGCCCAUGAGAUGCUCGACUUUUUCCUUGGGUGCGACACGGAGAUGCUGCGAAAGAUCCCCAACCUGAUCUACACCCGGGUAGGAGUGGCAAUGAUGUCCCUGCUUAAAAUUUACUUCUCCGUUCGAACCGGUGCGCUGGGGGAGUUUGUGACUGCUGAAACUGUAAAUGUCGAUAAAUAUUUGGAUGCGAUGAGCAGACGGCUGGCGGAGGCAAGCGGUGGCCAGAAGUACAAGAUCCCGAGCCGGUGGUAUUUGGUCGUUGCGAUUAAAGCUCGGAAUUGGUAUGACCGCUUCCAACGGCAACAGAUGCAGAGAAGCACCAGGCUGGUUCCGCAAAUGAGCGCGGGCACAUCGGUAUCUCCCAGUCAUAUUCCCGCCCAUAAUCAGAACCCGCUGCCAUUUGACCCAUCACAGCAAGCAGCACCGCUUGGAAUGAAGACCGAGUUUUCUCCCAUGGCCCCUUUCCAUGCCAUGGGCUCAGGUUAUGGUGUACCGCCAGCGACGGAUGGGAUGUGGCCAUCCGACCAGGGUGGUUUCCACAACAUGAUCAACGUGAACCAAUUCGCCGGCUAUCAGCCUACCAUGAUGCCCCCUCCGCCUCAGUAUGGCUAUGACGUGCAGCAGCAGAGGACGCCGCCUGAGAGCAGCCCGCAGAGUAAUCCAUCACUGGCGAAAACGAGCAUGGAGCUCGAUGAAUGGAUUCCGGAUGGCAGUAUUUUUGCGGUGCCCAGCUUGCCUGGGUUUUAGAACCUGGUCGCUGGUAGACGCUGGGCACCAGAAUAGAGGAUGAAAAUUUGCAAGCAGACCCUUGCUUGCACACAUAGGCUUAGCCAGGCCUGAGAGCCAUCUGAAUAGAAAUCAUCCGCCUGGCAGAUCACUCGACAUGCCUGGGUGUCGGAGUUGCAGAGCAAUGUUAGCUGGCCCUCUGGAGAAUGAUCCCGAACAGAAACACGCAGUAGAAAGAAGAAAAGACGAACUGUUAGCGACGCGCACGUUCAAGACCCCUCGUCGCGUCGAGGUUUCACCGUCGGAGGUUCGGCAGACAUGAAACCUCCGACAUCCGGAUGGGGUAGAUGAAUGUCACCCAACAUCGGCGGUGCACCGUUGAGGACCGUCGGG